AUGGGAGCAAUGGGAAUAGCUGUCCGCAGAUGCAGUCUGCCCCGACUACUUUUGGCCUCAUCGAUAUUCUGUACUCUGCCAUGUAUUCUUCUGAUCAUUACGUGGACUCGAGUUGCAAAGGUAUCUCCAAUGGAAGACGUUGAUUCGAUUCUGGACAAUGUGCGACUACAGAUUGCGGCGAAUGAACACAAUGGCAAGACUCUUAAGGUUGUCGUCGUGGAGGAGCACCAAGAAGUUCUGCCAUAUUGGUUUCAAGCAGCGUCCAAUGGAGUGCUGAAAAAAGAGAGAAAUGUGCUGGUUCAUAUAGAUGGCCACCCGGAUUUUGUGUUACCACAGCUUGUCCAUGGAUAUCCGAGGUUCCGCCUUCCCACAAGUGACGGAGAGCUCUAUAGGAUGAUCCAAAAGAAUGAUGUAUUCAUAACGUCUGCUGCUAUGUCCGGCUUGAUUGAUAGAGUGAUUUGGAUCAUACCUUCUUGGGCAAGUCCUGUAGAUAGAUUCAACCACAAAGCUGAUCUUUGGUUUGGUAUAGCUGGCCCAGAUCCAUCCGAUAACCAACAUGAACGCUUCUGUAUGUGCUAUAUGGAAACUACGUCAAAUCCAGAGCCAAAACUUUGUCUCUUUAAUGAUCCAUUGGCUGUCUCAGCAAACUACACAGGGACACCCAUGUCUAAAGAUAAAUGCAAAAUACAUUCAAACAGAGUUCAAAUAGAGAUUAUACAGGAGGACAAUUUUAAAGAUGAAUUAAAUAUGAAAGAGAUUGUUGGUGAAAACGAUACUGUUAUCCUUGACAUAGAUGAAGAUUACUUUGGCUGUGAAAGAGUGGUAGAUAGUAUGCUGAAGGCAUCAUUACAAUGGAAGUGGGUGUCUGCCAUUAAUACAAUUUUGCGAGUUGCGAUCCAUCCACGUACUCUAGAUGAUGAGAAAUCUGUAGAUGACGCGUUUAGUGUCAUUUUGGAUUUUAUAGCCCAGAGCCAUCCUAGUUUUGUGAAAGCUGUCGAGUUUUUCAAUAAAACAAUUGAUGUUUUCAACAUAAGAUCAUCAAUGGGAUUUGAUCAGACUGUUACAAUUCAAGCCAUAAUAAAACUACUGUUGCAAAUUGAUUCGAAUCAAAUUGCCAUCUUGAAAGAUAUUGGCUUUUGUAACUUGACAACGAGUAGUCUUUGUGAAAGUGGAAUGUGUUCUACACACUUCGAUGAAGGACUUUUGGGAGGAAAGGUCGGUUGGCCAGGGAGACACAAUUAACAUUCGAACAUAAAUAAUUAAGAAAUAAAGAUAAGAUUCGGUGUUUUAUGGUUUAAUAUAUAGCCAGGGAUUUUUGUUAUUGUUAAAAUAUCGAUAUCCAUGACAUCACGUCUAGCGAAUGAGAUCUUUGACAACGAUCAGAGUAAAAUCCGAUUUUAAAUUUGCCAUAAAUCAUAGAAUCGAGGUCUAUGUUACGACUUAAUAUAAUAAAAG